CUAUCAACGCGCUCUAUUACUGUAGAUCAGCAGCUACACACACCGCCUACACUGAAAAGUACAUGCGACUUGUCCAUCAUUAUGUUGAUGAGCGCCAAUAUCACAAGGGACAUGCGCAACCCCGAGCUGAUAAAACAACACUCGUCUCCGGUUUUCUGUUGAACUCCAGGAUCAAUUAAGACAAUGACGCUGUCACUUACAGGCUGUAUAUUGGGUCAGCAGACAUUUAACCUUCGACCUGUGUGAUUGGCCAGAAAUCAGAGGAAAAUAUCAUACAAGGGAGACAACUCUUACAAGCUUAUUGCCAUGGGAGCUGGUUCGCAGAUCGUUUCAAGGGCAAGAAUGGCGACUAGUCUGAUGGACAUCCGGCUCAUUCCAUUCUAUCUAAGCGUCGGGGCGUAUUUCGCCCUAUACCGACCCUACCUGCAGUACCCACCGGAGACGAUGGACGCGGCCAUAGUCAAGGCCAUCCCCAUAUGGUCGUUAGCAUUUUUCAUCCACACAACCAAAGAUUCUCAUCAGACGAUAUAUGCCAGGCACUUCUUUGUGGGCCUGUUCUUCUCCAGCCUCGGGGACAUGUGCCUAAUAUGGCGCGAAACGCUGUUCAUUCCCGGCAUGCUUUUCUUCGCCGUCGCGCAUGUGUGUUACAUGCUUGGACUAGCUACUGACUUUAACUUCAAGAGAACCAGAUGCGGUGUGUUCUUCACGUUGCUAAGUAUGUGUCUGUACCUCUUCAUCUCAAGUGGUAUCAGCUCCAUUGUCAUGAAAGUUUUAGUGCUGGUGUAUCAAGGUCUAAUUUUUGGGGUUGGGUGGUUGGCUGUGGAACACUUCAUGUAUGAUCGGACAAACUCGGCUUGUUACGGAGCCUGCGGUGCUGCGCUCUUUAUGUUUUCCGACUGUUUGAUAGGGCUGGACAAAUGGAAGUUUCGUGUUCCUUUGGCUGAAGUGGUAAUAAUGGCCACCUAUUAUGCUGGUCAAAUGUGCCUUGCGUUGUCCACUGUAAGAAAUUGAGGUUGCGAGUUCCGACUAGCUGCGAUAUCGUAACUGUACUGUCCGGUUUUUACUAUUCGACAUCUACUGGUCGCAAAUUAAUACAUACGAGGGUUGAUUGAGAAGCUCUGAACCUCACAUGGAAGGACUUGCGUUAUAGCGAAACCUUUAGUUAUGUACAUUAUAUGAUGCCAUAGAGACUUGUGUCAAUGGUGCAAAUUGUUACACUGUGACAACUAAGCAGGGAUCUGCGAUAUUAGGAAAAUGGACAGACUUGAGGAACGUGCAGUGAUUCAAUACUUGCACGUUUAGGGGUAAACACUUAAAGUCAUCCAUUAAGAUAUGAGUACAACACUAGGAAUGGAUGUCCCUCCCUAUGCCACCGUAAAGAGGUGGGCAGCAGCGUGGCAGAAAGAGCCUUGAAGACGACCCCUGUCGUCCUGUGACGUCAACAACACCAGAGAUGAUCCAGUGAAUCCACGAUAUUGGGAUGACCGAACGACGAAUGACUGAGGCUAAUAUUGCAAGAUAGCCAUUCCCAAUAGAGAGUACAUCCCAUCCAUAGAAACCUUAGCAAUGAAGAAAGUAACAGCUCGUUCUGUUCAAUGGCUGGCGCCAUCUCAUCCAAACGCACCACGCAUAACACGUCUCUUGGUAAUGUAGCUCUGUUUGAAGCUGAACCAGAAAGGUUCUUGCAGCAAUUUGUGACUAUUGAUGAUACCUGGGCUCACCACUUCCAGUCUGAGUCCAAACAGCAAUCAAAACAUUUGAAGCACUUGACAUCACCACCACCAAAGAAAGCGACGACUGUCCCAUCAGCUGGAAGGGUUAUGGCAUCUUUUUUUCUGAGAUGCUGAGCGUGUCAUCAUAAUGGUCU